AUGGGCGUCAGGGACACGACUCCGCGGCCGGGCUAUAGCGUGGUGCCGUGCCCGCCGAACUUGAUCCCGCACUACGUGGGGCCCAAGCAGGAGGUGCUCUGGAUCGGCUGCUCCGACAGCGGCUUCGAGGAGACGACGGUGCUGGACAUUCCGCUCGAGGAGAGCAUCGUGCUGCGCGACGUCGCCAACAUGGCCCUGCCCGAGGACCUGGCCGCCGCCAGCAUGAUGCAGUACGCGGUCGACGUCCUGCGCGUCCGCCACAUCGUCAUCUGCGGCCACUACGAGUGCGGCAUCGUCAAGGCCUCGGACACAUGGAAUGGGCUCAAGGGGCCGUGGUUCCAUAAGCUGCAGGAGCUCAGGAACAUCAGCAACCCGGCAUUACAGGCGGUCGACAGCGAGCACCGCGACGGGCGCUUCGUCGAGCUCAACGUGCUCGAGCAGAUGAAGCGCGUCCACGACUUCCCCGAGGUCAAGGCCGCCGCCGCCCAGAGGGAUCUGAAGGUCCACGGCAUCGUAUACAGCCGCACCUGGAACAAGGCCGUCCAGCUGAUCCCGGACGGGCAGGAGACCGACUGGCUGCACAGGUGA